UGUACGUGGGGGAGAGGGAUGCGAGGCCUUUCAUCAGAGACAGGAGGACGUCCACAGCAGCAGAUGAAGCUCCACCAGAACCAUGAGACUCUCAUCAGCCUGGACCACGUUGCUCCUGCUCCUGAUUCAUGGAGCAUCCAGAACCUGCACAGCUAAAAAAUUGGGCGCCAGCAGCACCGGAAGGUUCGCCAACGCCACGCUGGUGCGGCUGUCAGAGUUUCUGAGCUCAGGGUACAAGAAAGGCGUGAGACCGGUGAAGAACUGGAGGACGUCCACCAUCGUGGCCAUUGACCUCAUGGUUUACUCCAUCCUCAACGUGGACGAGAAGAACCAGGUCUUGACGACAUAUGUGUGGUACCGACAGUCCUGGACGGACGAGUUCCUGGUGUGGGACCCAGAGGACUUUGACGAAGUCACACAAGUCUCCAUACCGACGGCCAACGUGUGGGUGCCCGACAUCCUCAUCAACGAGUUCGUAGAUGUGGGGAAGUCCCCGGACAUCCCGUACGUCUACGUCACACACGAAGGACUGGUGCGGAACUACAAGCCCAUCCAGGUGGUCACGGCCUGCACGCUCAACAUCUACAACUUCCCGUUUGAUGUGCAGAAAUGCAGCCUGACCUUCCAGAGUUGGCUGCACACCAUCAAGGACAUCAACAUCACCCUGAUACGAAGCCCCGAGAAGCUCCGCGACGACAAGAGCGUGUUCAUGAACCAGGGAGAGUGGGAGCUGCUCCACAUUCUGUCUAACUACAAGAUCUUCAGCGUGGAUGACGACGACUACUACGCUGAGAUGAAGUUCCACGUGGUGAUCCGGCGGCGGCCGCUGUUCUACACCGUGAAUCUGCUCCUGCCCAGCAUCUUCCUGAUGGUGAUGGACAUCGUUGGUUUCUAUCUGCCUCCAGACAGCGGAGAGAGAGUUUCCUUCAAGAUCACUCUGCUGCUGGGCUACUCGGUCUUCCUGAUCAUCGUGUCCGACACCCUGCCUGCCACAGCCAUAGGAACCCCGCUGAUAGGUGUGUACUUCGUGGUGUGCAUGGCCCUCCUGGUGAUCAGCCUCACGGAGACGGUGCUGAUUGUGCGUCUGGUUCACAAACAAGACCUGCAGCCCCCCGUCCCCCACUGGGUGAAGUACCUGGUGCUGGAACGAGCUCCCGCCCUCUUCUGCAUCAACAAGAAACAUCGUUUCUGCUCCAGACUUUCCACCCAGGCGUCGGACAUGGAGGCCUACAAGGAGAGCAGCUAUGGCACUGCCCAAUGCCCCCUCCACCACACCUGCGAAAUUGACCGGAUGUCCAGCCAUCCCGACAGGGACGGCGGGAUGCUGGGACUGCGCCUGCCCCCCCCCAGGGACAACGCCCCGCCGGUCAUGGACAACAUCCUGCAGGAGGUGACAGCGAUACGCCACUUCCUGGAGAAGAGGGACCGGUGCCGCGAGGUGGCCAAGGAGUGGCUCCAGGUCGGCUACGUGCUGGACGUGCUGCUCUUCAGGGUCUACAUGGUUGCCGUGGUGACCUACAGCAUCACGCUGGGCACCUUGUGGUCGGUGUGGCAGGCCGCCUGAGGUUUACGGCUGAAACGUCUGCUCUUAAAGUUCAGCGGGAGGAAGUUACGACACCGGAGCUGCUGGAGGGAAGAAAGCGAUUGAACAGAGAACCUUCCAGCAGAGGAGGCGACUUGUUUUUAGCUUGAUUACCCCGAAGAAGAGGCUGGAGGUGGUGUAUCGGGGUCCAACAUGGACUGUGUGAGAAGAACUGGAAAACUUCCCUGUGAUGUCACUCACGGGUUUUCUGGAAAGAGCUUCUAAGGCGUCUGAUCUUCGUGGGCAGAGCGGACAUUCCUCUGAUCGUCCGGAACACGGCCCUCUUGUGUCAUCUUAGCUCGGUUGACCUAGCUUAUGCUAACCUGUAAAGUUAGUUCUUAUUACUGUAUUAUUCUGAUUAAAUCUGUCCAAACAUCCUGUCCCAUGUCAGUUAAGCUUCAUCGAGCUUUGUCCUGGGGUCUUUCCAGACCGGCCUACAGUACAACCGGUCCUGGCGGAACAGAAGAGCACCACCGUACCAAUCUUCUUUCAAAUAUGAACCACUCCGCCAGCUCAGAGGUCAAGACAGCGCAGAUAGCGCGUUUUCAGCUGUGCCAGCUGUCAAUCAAAACACUGCUAGUUAUACAGGAAUUCUUUGGUUUAUAUAAAUUAACACGACAUCAUCCACAACAGUUUAUCCCUGUACAGCUGCCUUGGAUGUGAAAUUUACCUGUGGAGUUUUUUUUUUAUUAUAAGACUGUAAAUAUGUUAUUUCUGCUGUAAAGUUGGUCAUUUUGAAGCUGAAGUUUGAACUUUGGUUCCCGGGAGUCUACCAAUCGCUUCUCAAGAUGCUCAAGCACGUAUUUAGCUAAUAAAAAGAAAACAUUUACCAUGUAACUCGGAUAUACUCGACCCAUAGAAACUACAGUACUGAUGUAGUUUAGAGUGUGAAGUUAUUCAUCUAUAUGUUUCCUUUGGUUGUGUUAUUGUGUCAAAAAUAGAUAAUGUGUAAUAAAUGAGAGAAAAUCUUGUAUAUAAUGUACAUGAUAAUAAUAUUGUGAAUGUAAUCAUAACGU